AUGUUUGCAACAGGCACAUCAAAGUGCACUGCUAUCUCCCGUCGUUCUGGCGUUGCUGUUGCUGUUGCUGCUGCUGCUGCUCGGCCUACCUGGUUGACUGUCCGAAAACUUACUUACACUCUUCCUCUUCCUCUUUCUCAUCUCCUUCCCUCCUUCGUCCUUCUCCCCAGACUCUUCAUUUUCGACCUCCCCGUCUUUCCAUCUCUCUCCAUCUUCCUACCGCUCGGCAGCCUGUACUUGGAUGAUCCUGUGUUCCCCGUGGCGACCUAUAUCGCCAGCGUCAGCGGCAGCAUCGGCAGCGUCCUCGACCGUGAUAUCGGGCUCCUCUGCUCGACAGUGCCUACCUUGUCCCUCCGACCACUAGCUGCGGCACGGCACUGCACACUCACAUCACAUCACAUCGAGUCCAUCCGCACCACCAGCCGUCCCUCAUUCGUUCAAAACCGUUCAUCCCGGGACGUCUAG